AUGGUAGAGCCGCUCGCCGACCUCCCGAAAGUCGAGAAGCUGAGUAGCCGCGUGAUUCGCGUGCUGGGCGGGAAUCCGAGCAAGUUCACGCUGCAAGGCACGAACACAUACAUCGUCGGCUCGGGCGCGCGCCGCAUUCUCAUCGACACCGGCGAGGGCAAGCCCGAAUGGCUCGCGAGCCUCAAGCGCGUGCUCGCCGAUGAACGCAUCACACUCUCGCACGCGUUGAUCUCCCACUGGCAUCACGACCACACGCAGGGCGUGCCCGACCUCCUCGCCGUCUCCCCCUCCACCGCCGUCCACAAGCGCGACCCCCAGCCCGGCUGGCACGACAUCACCGAUGGGCAAACCUUCACCGCCGACGGUGCCACGCUGCGCGCGUACUUCUGCCCCGGCCACACGAACGACCACAUGGCCUUCGUGCUCGAGGAGGAAGACGCCAUGUUCACGGCGGACAACGUGCUGGGGCAGGGCACCGCCGUGUUCGAGGAUCUCGCCGUCUACAUGACCUCCCUAGAAGGGAUGGCUACACAGUUCACGGGGCGCGCGUAUCCUGGACACGGGCCGGUCAUCUCCGACGGCCCAGCAAAGGUGCGCGAGUACAUUGCGCACCGGCGGCAGCGCGAGAAGCAGGUGCUGGAUGUACUUGGGUCUGAGGCGCGCGAGGGCGGGUGGACGGCGAUGGAGAUUGUAAAGGUCAUCUACAAGAACUAUCCCGAGAGCUUGUGGGAGCCUGCGAAGGCGGGGGUAUUGCAGAUCCUAAGGAAGUUGGAGGGGGAGGGGAAGGUGGUGAGGGAGGGGGAGGGGUGGAAGGUUGGCGGGUCGGGGAAGGCGGCGUUGUAG